GAAAAAAAUGAACAAACUAUUAAUUUUUAUCAUGUUGGUUACUUUUUUGGCAAUCGAGAAGAGUUUCAUGUCAGAAGUAGACAACAUGAAGUUGGAAUUCGUGCAAACUAUUUGGCGGCAUGGAGAUCGUUCCGCGCUAGAAGGAUUAUUCCCGAUUUCCGAAAAGAAUUGGACGUUUGGUGGGGGAGGGCUCGGUGAAUUAACCCCUAUGGGAAUGUCGGAGAUGAAUAAUUUGGGAACUAUUUUCCGACGGAGAUAUGUAGAAGAUCAGCAGUUUUUGAGUCAUCGAUAUGCAGCAAAGGAGAUUUACAUUCGCUCCACAAAUUUAAACCGUACCAUCAUCUCUGCCAUGUCUCUGCUGUAUGGUAUGUUCCCACCUGGCGCGUGGAACAUUCAAGGCGUUGAUUACCCGAACGAUGUCGACUGGCAACAAGGCUUCACGUUUAUACCUGUACAUGUAGAUGGAAUUGAUCAAUGUGCAGUUGCUCAACUCUGUAAUUGUCGUAGAUUUCAAGAGCUUCAAGAAAAAUGGGCAGAACUCGACGAAGUGAAGAACGCUACCGUCGCAAUGAUUGCUUUGAACCGUCGUGUUGCUGCAUUUUACAAUGUAACUGAUCAACCAGAAAAGUUCAAUAGAUAUACUGACGCAUGGAAAUGUCAAAGAAAUUGGUUCAACGAUACUAUGUAUCAACAACUUCCAUGGUAUAAUGAGGACUUGUACAAUGAAGCCCAGCGAACAUAUGCGCCUUUUAAGAGGUUUACAGAAGGAAAUUUUGCCAAGCCAUCAAUUGUUGAUGGAAUAGACAUUCCGCAAGAAGUGAGCACACUACAAGGUGGUCCUUUGCUCAAUGAAAUCUUCGAAAGAGGUCGUGAAAAAAUUCGAUGCGUGGCAGAUGCAGAAAAUUGUUCGAUCGACUACUUGAAGCCACUGAAGUUUUAUGCAUAUUCUUCGCACGAUCAACUUGUGUAUGCUCUUCUCGUCACUCUUGGCAUUACAGAUGUUGUGAAAACUGUGGACGGAUGGCCUGACACCUCCUCAUCACUGACCAUCGAAUACUACAGUAACCCCGGCAAUCAGUCAUCUGUAAAAUUUCUAUAUCGCGAUAAUUCCAAUGACAAUUUUUCCGACGUGACAAGCCAAAUUCCAGUGUGCAAUGGAGCCCAGUAUUGCGCCAUGUCUGAUUUUCAGAAUAUUGCUUACCAAUUCAAACCGUUACCAGAUUAUAUGACGCUCUGCGAGACGUCACUGUCAUCAAUAUCUUCAGUUCUCAACAAUAAAAUAUGGGUUUUUGUAAUAAUUUAUUUUUUGAUAUAAAAGUAUUUAUGUAAUUGGCUAAAACUAAAAUAAAAAGGACUAAUAAA